CCUACCGGUUUCGCUGCCGUUACCAAACAGUCCGAGUGUCUGUAUGACUUUGAAUGUAGCAUCAUAAGUAAAAGUCGAAAAAAAAUGAUUUAAUGUUUGUUAGAGUACGUUUAUUUUCCGCUGUAAUUAAUAAUGUUUCUGCGAUCAAGUGACGAUAGCGAACAGAGAAGUCAGAUAGCACACUUCCGAUAGGUUUCUGUCGUAUUUGACCAGUCAGCUAUUGUGUUAGACCGGUAUUAUUAUUAUUUUUAUUAUAAGUUUGUUUCCAUGUUUUCCAACAUGACAACACGUAUUGUAUCAGCUUUAGCCUCACAGGCCCGUAUCCAUUCCAGAAUAACGCUCUGCAAAUAUCAACAUCGAAACUUCGCCUCUCAGAAUGGAGUCAAGGUGCUGUAUGACGGACUCUGUCCCAUAUGUGUGACGGAAAUUCGGUUCCUUCAGUUUCUGCAGAGGAACAAGCCCGGCGAGGUGGACUUUGUUGAUAUCUCACUUCCAGGCUAUGACGGAGCCAAAUACAAGGGGGUCAGCUAUGAGGCGGCCAUGGAGGAAAUGCAUGUGAUUGAUGAGAACGAUGAGGUUCAUCGGGGUGUCCCGGCAUUUGCGGUCAUGUACAGCGCAGUGGGCUUGGAUUUGUUGGGCCGCUUUAUGAUGUGGCCACCCGUGAGACCGUUUAUGGAGAAGUCGUAUGCUUUGUUUGCCAAGAAUCGCUUAAAGUGGACCGGACGCAAUGGGGAGUGCACCACAGGACGUUGUGAAAAGAAAACGCCCUGACCCUCAGUAAAAAAAAAAAAAAAAAAAAAAGCUAAAUUACAGACUCUAUAAAGGCCACUUGUUAUGUUUUAGGUUUAUUAUGGAUCCAAAGGGUAAAAGACAGUCACCUACUGAAGGCCAUGACAGUACAAUACUGCAAUUGUUUAUAGUUGUGCUGUCUUCCUAGGAGUAUUUUAAUAACCACUACACUACACCACCAUAGGUCUUUGCUAAGUUCCUAAAAAGGUAAAUAUAGAUAUUAAAUAUAUACAAAUGUAAUAUGACUACUGUCUGUUGAGUUGGGUCAUUAUUCAUUAAAACAUCCAUCCAUCCAUUUUCUGGGCAUGCUGGAGCCUAUCCCAGCUGUCUUCGGGCGAGAGGUGCGGUACAUCCCGGACUGGUCGCCAGCCAAUCACAGGCGCAUACAGUCAAACAACAAUUCACACUCACAUUCAUACCUAUGGACAAUAACAAAUUAUGCACAAAUUCAGUUGCAGGUCAAAAAGUGUCCACUAGAUGUCACUACAUUUUGAUAAUAAAUUGAUAUAAAUUGUAACUGCUGCAUAAAGUGCAAUUUAACUUCCCACUCUGGCAUUAGUGAAUGUCUGUUAGAAUGACACAUCUAAAUAAAAAAUGUCACCUUGAAAGUUCCCACAUUGUAGCUACAGGACAAAGUUGUUUACUAAAAGCACCGAUACCACUUAUGCAUGUGAGUAUGUGUGCAUGUUUUGAUGUAAGAUGCAGCUAACAUUAGCCUACCAUGUGUUUCCACUACUCAACAGUGACAUGACCACAUGACCUUAAGCCUGUUUGUUUUGAAUGAGUAUUGGUCAGGACCACCCACCCCCAAAGCCACCACCCACCCCCUGCUGAUCCAAUAAGGCGAAAGCUUGGACAGAAUGCAAGGAGUUAGGUAUCACAACAAGAGAAAUAGUGUUUCGGGCAGGUUUACAAGUGAAUUAUUAAAAAUAAUAACAAUGGCUGAUGUGCGGACAUGAGGACAGAAGAAGCUUAGAUGUUGCAGAACCGUUUUCAAUAUCAUCUUUCGUCUGGACGUUGAAGGAUUGCAGCUGAUCGCAGCAAUGGGUCGUUAUAUCAGCAUCAAUUUACGGUCUGUGGACAGGAAUUCAUACUGUAAAAUGAAAUACUUGAUUGUCCUCUUCAGAAGGUCUCCCCAUUCAGGCUGUGAACCACUCCACCUUCGUAGAUAUUCAUCAUCGUCAUCAUUAUCACCAUUUGCACGUCGAGCUAUUUUUACACAUUUCAAUCCAUGUAAUGACAUUUUCCGUCGGGAUUUUUCCAAACAAAUAAAGAAUCUCCAAAUUGCACGAUGCAAUUCAUCCUCCAACCGGGAUGCUAUCAAAGCAGAAGCUCCUAUUGGGAUCAUCGAGGUGGCGCAGAACAAUUGUGAAUUAACUUCUGUGGGAGGACGCCUCGGACAAUCUUUUAAUCGACUCGCCAGACAUAUUAAUAUUUAUUUCAAGAAAAAGGACACCGGUCUCAGAGCUGAAAAUGUCAAUGUUGUCAGAACUCCCGCGUAUAUUGGCAGGAAACAGCGGCAAAGUCUGCAGGCAACCGGAAAGGUUACUAUGUCCGGGAGCAAAGAUCUAAAUGUCCUCUUGAAAGACAAGAAGGAGGACUUGGGUCUUGCAGUUCAACUAUUUCACAUUAGUUCUUUAGCAACAAGAUUUGGUGAGAGCUACAAUUACGUCGCCAGUCACAUUAAUUCAGUCUUCUCUAAGGAUUUUGCCAAAGUGCAAAUUCCAACCAAAGAAGACGCCAAAUGUCCCAACAAGAGACAGACGAGGAGAAAAAUUCACAUCAAUUGCAUUAGAAAUUCCACAGAAAGUGAAAAAUCUCAAUUAAAACCGAGUGUUGACCACUCAACAGUGGAAGCAGACCACAGCAACAACUGGGAGGACAGCUAUCGCCAUUUUGCAAGACACAUCAAUAAGUACUUUGGCGCCAAGGUUACUGAUGAUGCAAGCCUUCGGAAUCAAACAGAACCAACUACACAAUCUACAUCACAGAAACCCAUCAUCACCCCUGAAAGUGGGCUUUUCCACAGCGGCCACAACUCAACCGACUUCGGGGACAAUCAUUCCCAGAUGUCAAAUCAUAUUAAUCGAUAUUUCAAAAGGGGCGGGACGUUGGAUGACACAAAUCUCCAAAAAUCGAUGAACUCGCUCACUGUAGACAGAAACCAAGCAGUCGCCUUGAUGGACUGCUUUCGUCACCCCACAAGAGCCAUCCCUGACCUACUGGGGGCAUAUCUGAACCGGGUAGCUUCAUCCCAACCCACCGUGAAGUCACCAGGAGCAGGGAUGAAUAGAACGAAGCAAGCAGAGGAACUGAUUCAAGAUCUGAGGCAGGCUUCUUCUGCAAAGUCUCUAACGACCUGUGUGGAGGCGCUGAAUGAAUACCUGAUCAAUCACCCGUCACGCAAAGCUUUGAUGUGGCAGGAAAAAACAGCUGUUACAUUACUGAGACAGCGGCGAGUCUACAGAAGCGAUCCGGCUCUUCAGCGUGCCAUAAGAGAAGCCUUGGCUCUCAUUGGUUAUGUUGACCCGAUAAAAGGGCGUGGCAUCAGAGUGCUGUCCAUUGAUGGUGGUGGUACAAGAGGUGUGGUGCCUCUCCAGGUGUUAAAAAUACUGGAAGCAGAGACGGGAAAGAAGAUCCAUCAUCUCUUUGACUACAUAUGUGGAGUCAGUACAGGUGCCGUGUUAGCCUUCAUGCUCGGGUUGGCUCAUUUUUCUCUGGAGGAAUGCGCCGACAUGUAUCGCCGUUUUGGCUCUGAAGUGUUCCGCCAAAACCGCUUGGUCGGCACGGUAAAAAUGGGCUGGAAUCACUCUUACUAUAAUACCGAGACAUGGGAGACCAUACUAAGAGAGAAGCUUGGCGAUAAAGUGCUCAUCAAAACAGCCAGUGAUGAGUUGAGUCCCAAGGUUUCAGCUGUCAGCGCAGUGGUCAACUGGGGCAACAGUCCGAAGGCCUUCGUCUUCUGCAAUUACAACCACAAACCAGGAUCUCUGAGUCGCUAUGCAGGAGGAUCCAGCUACCCCAUUUGGCAGGCCGUGCGAGCGUCAUCCGCCGCUCCGGGAUAUUUCCAGGAAUUCCCUUUGCAAAGUGACAUCCACCAGGAUGGCGGCAUCAUCAUGAACAAUCCCUGUGCCUUAGCGGUACACGAGAGCAGACUAUUGUGGCCCAGCCAUCCAUUCCAGUGCGUGCUGUCUCUUGGCACCGGUCGCUAUGACAACCCUAAGAGAGGCCCUGCAACCUCCACCAGCCUCAGGGCCAAAAUCAGUAACCUGAUUAGCAGUGCAACUGACACCGAAGGGGUCCACACACUUUUAGAUGACCUCCUCCCUGCCGAUGUCUAUUUCCGCUUUAACCCAAUGCUUAGCGCCGAGGUGUCGCUAGAUGAGAGCCGGCCGGCGGCCCUUGACCAGCUGGAGAGAGACACACAGGUCUACUUAGAGAGAAACCGGCUCAAACUGGCUCGACUGUGUUUGGUGCUCGGGGCGGAGAGAUCAGCUGUUAGCAGAACCAAGGACUGGUUCAGUGAGAGGGUCUGGGAGAUGAAGCAGAAAUGGGCCUAAGGGUGCGCUCAUACUUGUCAUGGUUGGUUGGGUGCAAGCCAACUCGAGUGCGGCAGCUCUGCUAGUACGGAUCAUUUGGUUGAGUGUGAACACGUGCAAGUUCAAGUGCUCUCUUCCUCUAGGAGAGUGGAGACGGCGCUCUUUAAAAGUAUAUUUUAGAAGCUUUUUGUGAAAAUAUUACACAAUAUAAAAAGAGUCCAAGUAGCUCAAGAGCAUUUGAGCACUUGGUAGAGCCGAGAAACUACCAUUUACUGAGUAUUGUAUUGAUAUUGUGGAUAUUUUCGGCCAACAUUGCAUCAAUAGAAAUCAUUAAAAACAAAGCAGCAACCAUUUAUGUGAUUGGCUCACCGUGGUGACUCCUAAUAAGGAAAAAAUAUAUAUAUAUAGAGGGCGUUUUUGUGUAUACAUAUUGCAUAUAAUAUGUACAAAAAUGACCAAAAAUCCCUAUGCAUCAUACACAUUGUUACUGUUACCUUGCUCUGUGUGCAUCAUAUCAACAAAUAAGUAAGUUUGAACGAUAAAAUAAUACGUUUUCCUCCAGGAGAGUGGAGUCAGCGCUCUUUAAAAGUAUAUUUUAGAAGCUUUUUGUGAAAAUAUUACACAAUAUAAAAAGAGUCCAAGUAGCCCAAGAGCAUUUAUGCAGGUUAGCGUCACUUGGUAGAGCCGAGAAACUACCAUUUACUGAAUAUUUUAUUAAUAUUGUGGAUAUUUUCGUAGAUUUUCGGCCAACAUUGCAUCAAUAGAAAGCAUUAAAAACAAAGCAGCAACCAUUUAUGUGAUUGGCUCACCGUGGUGACUCCUAAUAAGGAAAAAAAAAUAUAUAUAGAGGGCGUUUUUGUGUAUACAUAUUGCAUAUAAUAUGUACAAAAAUGACCAAAAAGCUCUAUGCAUCAUACACAUUGUUACUGUUACCUUGCUCUGUGUGCAUCAUAUCAACAAAUAAGUAAGUUUGAACGAUAAAAUAAUAAGUUGUAUGUUUUUUUUUUAAUGUGUGCAGGAGUGGGGGGUACGUGACUGUAAAAGGUUUGGGAACCACUUCUAUAAUAUUUUUAGGCACAUUUAACAGUCUCCUUGCAACAAAUUGGUUUCCUUAACAACCAGAAACAGAUAUACUUGCACUUAUAAGCACUUUAUUAAAUUAAAAAAAAAAAACAUUUUCAUUGCAAUAACUACAGUAAAUAUGGAAAUGUUGCAGUUGACUGUGGAAUUAUUAUUAUUG